AUGAUCAAGAAAACUGCACACUUCGUGAACAGCAUGAAGGCUGGCUGGCUGGCGCAGCCACAAUGCACCGAGGAGUGUGCCCAUGGUCGGUGUGUGUCUCCUGAUACAUGUCAGUGUGAGCCAGGCUGGGGAGGACUGGACUGCUCUAGUGGUUGUGAAAGUGGCCACUGGGGGCCCCACUGCAGCAACCGCUGUCAGUGCAAGAAUGGGGACCUGUGUAACCCUAUCACAGGAGCCUGUGUCUGCACAGACGGCUACCAAGGUUGGCGCUGUGAGGAUCAAUGUGAGCCUGGCUACUAUGGCAAGGGCUGCCAGCUGCAAUGUCAAUGCCUCAACGGUGCCACCUGCCACCACGAGACGGGGGAAUGCAUAUGUGCACCAGGCUACAUGGGUCCCAUCUGUGGGGAGCGAUGUCCCUCUGGAAGUCAUGGGCCACAGUGCGAGCAGCGCUGCCCCUGUCAGAACGGAGGAACCUGCCAUCACAUCACUGGAGAAUGCUCCUGCCCUGCUGGAUGGACGGGGUCUGUGUGUGCCCAGCCAUGCCCAUUCGGCAAAUAUGGGAUCAAUUGCAGCAAGGAAUGCUCGUGCCGCAAUGGAGGACUGUGUGACCACAUUACAGGACAGUGCCAGUGUAUGGCAGGAUACAGCUGCCACCCCCUGACAGGUGAAUGCUUGUGUACAGCAGGAUGGACGGGUCUAUACUGCAAUGAGACCUGUCCCCCGGGUUACUAUGGAGAAGGAUGUAGUGUGCAGUGCCAGUGUACUAAUGGAGCAGACUGCCACAGUCUCACUGGGGCCUGUAUCUGUGCCCCAGGCUACACAAGUGACGACUGUUCCCAAACCUGCCCACCUCGACUAUAUGGUACUAACUGCACUUCCACCUGCCACUGCCACAACCAGGCAUCCUGCUCACCAAUCGAUGGCUCCUGCAUCUGUAAAGAAGGUUGGCAGGGUGUAGACUGCUCAAUCCUGUGCUCCAGUGGGACUUGGGGAUUGAGCUGUAACCAGACUUGUUUGUGUGCCAAUGGUGCGGCUUGUGACCCAAUCGACGGCUCCUGUACCUGUACCUCAGGCUGGAGAGGGGAACGCUGCCAGCAGCCCUGCCUCGAUGGCACAUACGGGCUGGAGUGUUGCGAGCGUUGUGACUGUAACCAUGCUGAUGGAUGCGACCCUGUGAGUGGAUUCUGUCGCUGUCUGCCAGGAUGGACAGGCAUCCACUGUGACAGCAUCUGCCCUCGAGGCUUCUGGGGGCCUAACUGCUCCAUGACCUGCUCAUGCCAGAACGGAGGCUCCUGCUUUCCUGAAGAUGGGACCUGCGUGUGUGCUCCUGGCUACCGCGGGACUUCCUGCAAGAGAAUUUGCCCUCCUGGUUUCUAUGGGUACCGCUGCAGCCAGUCAUGCCCACAGUGUGUACACAGCACAGGGCCGUGCCACCACGUCACGGGUCACUGUGAGUGCCUGGCCGGCUUCUUCGGCUCGCUUUGCAACCAAGUGUGUCCCAGUGGCAAAUAUGGGAAAGCCUGUGCUGAGAUCUGCGUGUGCACAAACAAUGGCACCUGCAACCCCAUUGAUGGCUCUUGCCAAUGUUUCCCAGGUUGGACUGGAGACGACUGUUCACAGAUUUGUCCCAUAGGCCAGUGGGGCCCUGACUGCUUGAACUCAUGUAACUGUCACAACGGAGCCCAAUGUAGUGCCUACGACGGAGAGUGCAGGUGCAGCCUGGGCUGGACCGGCCUCUACUGCACACAGCGCUGUCCCUCAGGGUUUUAUGGGCGAGACUGUGCAGAGGUGUGCCGCUGUCAAAAUGGAGCUGACUCGGCUCUAGUGAUGGAGGAGCUGAACCCCUACACUAAGAUCAGUCCUUCUCUGGGUUCAGAGCGCCAGUCCGCAGGUGCUGUCAUGGGCAUCAUCUUCCUACUGCUGAUCAUCAUGGCCAUGCUCAGCUUGUUUGUUUGGUUCAGGCAGAGACAGAGAGACAAAGGCCAGGAAAUGCCCAGUGUCUCAUACACCCCAGCCCUCCGUGUCACCAACACUGACUACUCCCUCUCUGAAACAUCUCAGAGCAGCAGCGGUGGCCAGUGCUUCUCCAAUCCCAGCUACCACACUGUGGCACAGUGCAACAUCUCAUCCACCAUCACAAACAACCUGGAUGGCACUCUCACUCUUAAGAAAGGAGACAGGAACAGUUCCGAAUGGAGAGCGUACUGCAAUCUCAAUGACCUGGGAGUAUCAAGAGGAGAUACACUUACACUGAGGGACAACAAAACCACUCGAAUGGCCAAAGAUUACAUAAAGGCCUCCAUGUGUAGCUCCAGCUCGUGCUCCCUAAAUAGUGAGAACCCGUACGCCACCAUCCGAGAUCCGCCCGGCCUGGCCUGCAAGCACACUGAAAGCAGCUACGUGGAGAUGAAGUCACCAGCUCACAGAGACCUGACCUUCUGCUCCAGCACUAGCACAACCCUGACCACUGCCAGCAGGAACGUCUAUGACGUGGAACCGACAGUGAGUGUGCUUCAGGGACCCAAUGGCCUGGCAACCGGAUUCUCCCAGAGUCCUUAUGACCUCCCGCGGAACAGCCACAUUCCCAGCCACUACGACAUCUUGCCAAUGCGCCAUAGCCCAACACACACCCCACCCCCUCCCGAAAGCCCCCCGAGCUCCCUGCUGUAGAGGCCAGUCCAAAUACACAGACGCAAGACCGGCAGCUCCGGGACCUCAUUUUUUAAAAUCUCAGUCUGUCUCACUCCUCAUCUCUCUUUCUCUCCAACACUCUCUCAAGUACAGAUGCAUGACAUAGGUGGAGACCGCAUUCCUCUUUCCGUCGAGUAAAUGAGGAUUGUGGGAAAUGGACUGUACAUCAAAACAAGAACAGAUUUGGACACCAGCGAUUAUUCAUCAUCCAUCUCAGAGGCGUUUUAUAACAAGCUGUGCUUAUAACACCAUGAAAUACUGGCGUAAAAGAGCAUUCUGGUUAUAGGUCUAUGAAAAGACUUUUGGAGGGAAUAAAGGAGCAUUUGAGACGGUUUCAUGGAAACAUACCCAACGAUAUGUUGAUUCUUAAAAACUAGAGCUCCACACACUGGAACACAUAAUCAAUGCGACUCAAUGAUCCAGAACUUUUCAUUUGGAGUUGGCAUCGAUCUUGCAGCCGAGAGCCAAGGGUGACCAUGAGGGAGCAAUCCUCUUUUUUUCACCCCCCAAAGUGUUUAGUCUGGACUUCAAGGCAAUGGUGACAAAGCAUGGUUUCAAUAAGAAAUAAUAAGACUUAUUAUUGCGUAAAGGUGGUUACCAAAACAGUAUGAGAUUAGCGAGAACGGAUCAGGACUUUAUAAUACUGUACAUUUAUCUACCUACUUAUAAACCUACACAGAAAUAUUUAUAAAAGUUUAUGAGGAGAGCCUGGGUCAACAUGAGCUACACUGCUCAUUCGUGCAACAACCUGGUGCUUUCUACUGUACAUAGGAGUUUAUGACUGUUGCUAUCAUUUAAUUUGGGUAUGUAUGUUUUAUGAACGUGGGAUUAAGUUGUGAGACACUUUUCAAAGCUAUCAUGUUUAGUUUUUCUUCUUUGUAUGUUUAUUUUUUAAAACAUCUGUUAGCAGGCCUUGAAGGGUUUUUAAUUUGUGGUUAUGUAUUUAUGAUGUUUAUUUAUACCUCGUUUGUGCAAGUGAUGUUUUUCUUUAUAGUGUAAAAGGUAAACAUAUUUAAAAGGGAAAAAAGUAGCAUGUACAAAUGAGGAUACCCAUAGUGACCAAUUAUUUUCAUGUGCUUGUGCUAUUUGUGCACAGUAUUAAUAUAUAAAGUCGACAUUAUAUGUUAGCUCUUAUGUCAUUAUAGAAUCCAUGACAGGACGAGACCUCAUUCAUGUCCUAAAAAGUACAGUAUAAAUAGAUUUGGAGACUUGUGUUUCGGUUUGUUUGAUGACUACAGCUUUGCAGCUUUUGAUCUGAGUUUUGUUCUGUGGCUGCAUUCCCAUAACUUAGUGACAAUCAUUCAUAAAUAAAAGGGGGAAAAAAUGCAUUUCAUCAAUCCU